GCGGCGGCGGCGGCGAGGCCGCUCCGCCGCACACGCACACACAGACCCCGGCAGCGGGAAUGCGGAUGACACGCCCGUAACAUGGAAGCCGCCGCCGCCGCCGCCGCCGCUACGACGACAGCAGCAGCAGCAGCCACAGCAGCAGCAGCCGGCGGCGCCGCGCUGAACAAAGGUCAUCCGAGCUGCGGCCCAGACGCCCGGGCUUGACCGCUGCGAAGGCCAACCCCGGGAAAGGGGGGAAUGUUCUGUUUUGUGCUUUUCCUUUUAGAAGCUACUGAAGGGUGUUGGGGGUACUUCUGACUAUUAUGAAGGCCAAAAGGCCUGUUGACUGGGGCUGCUUUUAACCCUUUCAUAUUUGCAGAGAAUGCAACCGUGUGACAGUAACUGAACACUGGGCCAAAGUCUUUUCCAAAAGGUCAAGGUUCACAAGACGGAUCCACCCCAGUCCAUGCUGGCCAUAGUCUAGUUGGCAUCAUUGACGUUGACCAGAGCUAAAAACCCAAAUGGAACCUGACGGUGAAAACGCAGCGGGUUAGCCACAGCCUCUAUUCCGUCUUUUCCCACGUCACGUUGCUUCCCACAUUUGCUUGGCAACGGCCAGAACAUCUGAUCACAUUCAUGACCAUGGGGGAUAUGAAGACCCCAGACUUCGAUGACCUCCUGGCAGCAUUUGACAUCCCAGACAUGGUCGAUCCGAAAGCAGCCAUCGAGUCUGUACACGAGGACCAGGAAAGCCACAUCAAGCAGAACGCCCAUGGCGACGAGGACUCGCACACGCCCUCCUCUUCCGACGUAGGUGUCAGCGUCAUCGUGAAGAACGUGCGGAACAUCGACUCCUCCGAGGGCGCCGAGAAGGAAGGCCACAGUGCCGCGGGCAACGGCCUGCACAAUGGGUUUCUCUCCGCGCCCUCUCUCGACGGUUACAGCAAAGACGGAUCCAAGUCCUUGAAAGGCGACGCGCCCGCCUCGGAGGUGACUUUAAAAGACUCCACGUUCAGCCAGUUUAGCCCCAUCUCCAGUGCUGAGGAGUUCGACGACGACGAGAAGAUAGAGGUGGACGACCCGCCUGACAAGGAAGACGUGCGCCCCGGCUUCCGGGCGCACGUGCUGCCGGGGCCGGCCGCCCCGCAGGGCUCCGACAAGCCCAAGGCGCUCGCAGGGGACAGUGCGAGCAAAACCGGGGUCUCUCCUUCAGGCAGCUCAGACAAAAGCAGAGCUGUUAAGCGAGAAACAGAAACAAAUUCCAUAAAUCUGAGCGUUUACGAGCCUUUCAAAGCCAGAAAAGCAGAGGAUAAGCUGAAGGAAAACUCCGAAAAGGUGCUUGAAAACAGGGCCCACGACGGCAAGCUGAGCGCCGAGAAGAGCGAGCCCAGCCUCGGCAGCGUGGCGCCGUCGCGGUCAAAGCCAUCAUCCAAGCUGUCCUCCUGUAUCGCUGCAAUAGCAGCACUUAGUGCUAAAAAGGCGGCCUCCGACUCCUGCAAGGAACCGGUGGCCGAGUCGCGGGGGCCCUCUCCGUUACCCAAAGAGGCAAGUGAUAGCCCCAGAGCUGUGGAGAAGUCUCCUGAAUCCCAGAGCCUCAUCGACGGGACAAAGAAAGUGUCCCUGAAGCAGCCAGACAGCCCCAGGAGCAUCUCCAGCGAGAACAGCAGCAAGGGGUCGCCGUCCUCUCCCGCGGGGUCGACACCAGCAAUCCCCAAAGUCCGCAUAAAAACCAUCAAGACGUCUUCUGGGGAAAUAAAGAGAACAGUGACGAGGGUGUUGCCAGAGGUCGAUCUCGACUCUGGGAAGAAGCCUUCGGAGCAGGCAGGGUCCGUGAUGGCAUCUGUGACGUCUCUCCUGUCCUCUCCGGCCUCGGCUGCUGUCCUCUCCUCCCCGCCCAGAGCGCCUCUGCAGUCAGCGGUGGUCACCAACGCGGUCACCCCUGCAGAGCUGACCCCCAAACAGGUCACCAUCAAGCCCGUGGCGACCGCCUUCCUUCCGGUGUCUGCCGUGAAGACGGCGGGCUCGCAAGUCAUUAAUCUGAAGCUCGCUAACAACACGACGGUCAAAGCCACGGUCAUCUCGGCUGCAUCCGUUCAGAGCGCCAGCAGCGCCAUCAUCAAAGCCGCCAACGCCAUCCAGCAGCAAACCGUCGUGGUGCCGGCGUCCAGCCUGGCCAAUGCCAAACUCGUGCCAAAGACUGUGCACCUCGCCAACCUUAACCUUCUGCCUCAGGGCGCCCAGGCCACCUCCGAGCUCCGCCAAGUGCUAACCAAACCUCAGCAGCAAAUAAAGCAGGCAAUAAUCAAUGCAGCGGCCUCGCAGCCGCCCAAAAAGGUGUCUCGGGUGCAGGUGGUCUCGUCCCUGCAGAGCUCCGUGGUGGAGGCUUUCAACAAGGUGCUGAGCAGCGUCAACCCAGUCCCAGUUUACAUCCCCAACCUCAGUCCCCCUGCCAGCGCAGGCAUCACGUUGCCGACCCGCGGGUACAAGUGCUUGGAGUGCGGCGACUCCUUCGCCCUGGAGAAGAGCCUGACCCAGCACUACGACCGGCGCAGCGUGCGCAUCGAAGUAACGUGUAACCACUGUACCAAGAACCUCGUUUUUUACAACAAGUGCAGUCUCCUUUCCCACGCCCGCGGGCAUAAGGAAAAGGGGGUUGUGAUGCAGUGCUCCCACUUGAUUUUAAAGCCAGUCCCAGCUGAUCAAAUGAUUGUCUCUCCGUCCAGCAAUACUUCCACUUCGUCCUCCGUUCUUCCAAGCUCCGCCGGAGCCGGCGCGCACACUGUAGCGAAGAUUCAGUCCGGCCUCACGGGGACAGUCAUAUCCGCUCCCUCCAGCGCACCCAUCAUUCCAGCGAUGCCUCUGGAUGAAGACCCGUCCAAGCUCUGUAGGCAUAGUCUGAAAUGUUUGGAGUGUAAUGAAGCUUUCCAGGACGAGGCGUCGCUGGCCACGCACUUCCAGCAGGCUGCAGAUGCGAGCGGACAAAAGACUUGCACUAUGUGCCAGAUGCUGCUUCCUAACCAGUGCAGUUACGCGUCACACCAGAGAAUCCAUCAGCACAAAUCUCCCUACAUCUGCCCCGAGUGCGGGGCCGUCUGCAGGUCGGUGCACUUCCAGAGCCACGUCACCAAGAACUGUCUGCACUACACGCGGAGAGUUGGUUUUCGGUGUAUCCAUUGCAAUGUCGUGUACUCUGACGUGGCCGCUCUGAAGUCUCACAUCCAGGGCUCUCACUGUGAAGUCUUCUACAAGUGUCCUAUUUGUCCCAUGGCGUUUAAGUCUGCCCCAAGCACACAUUCCCAUGCCUACACACAGCAUCCUGGCGUCAAGAUAGGAGAGCCAAAAAUAAUUUAUAAGUGUUCCAUGUGCGACACUGUGUUUACCCUGCAAACCCUGCUGUAUCGCCACUUUGACCAACACAUCGAAAACCAGAAGGUGUCUGUUUUCAAGUGUCCCGACUGUUCCCUUUUAUAUGCACAGAAGCAACUGAUGAUGGACCACAUCAAGUCUAUGCAUGGAACAUUGAAAAGUAUUGAAGGGCCUCCAAACUUGGGUAUAAACUUGCCUUUGAGCAUUAAGCCCGCAACUCAAAAUUCAGCAAAUCAAAACAAAGAGGAUACCAGAUCCAUGAACGGGAAAGAGAAAUUGGAAAAGAAGUCUCCAUCACCUGUGAAAAAAUCCGUGGAGCCCAAGAAGGUGGCCAGCCCCGGGUGGACGUGUUGGGAGUGUGACCGCUUGUUCACGCAGAGAGAUGUUUACAUUUCCCACGUGAGAAAGGAGCACGGGAAGCAAAUGAAAAAACACCCUUGCCGCCAGUGUGACAAAUCUUUCAGCUCCUCACACAGCCUGUGCCGUCACAACCGGAUCAAGCACAAAGGCAUCAGGAAAGUUUAUACCUGCUCGCACUGCCCAGACUCCAGGCGCACCUUUACGAAACGGUUGAUGCUGGAGAAACACAUCCAACUCAUGCAUGGUAUUAAGGAUCCUGACUUGAAAGAAAUGACAGAAGCCACCAAUGAGGAAGAAGCAGAAAUAAAAGAAGAUACCAAGGUUCCCAGCCCCAAGCGCAAGUUGGAAGAGCCCGCCCUGGAGUUCAGGCCUCCCCGGGGGGCGAUCACCCAGCCGCUGAAGAAGCUGAAGAUCAACGUGUUCAAGGUGCACAAGUGCGCCGUGUGCGGCUUCACCACCGAGAACCUGCUGCAGUUCCACGAGCACAUCCCGCAGCACAAGUCGGACGGCUCCUCCCACCAGUGCCGCGAGUGCGGCCUCUGCUACACGUCGCACGUGUCGCUGUCCCGGCACCUGUUCAUCGUGCACAAGCUCAAGGAGCCGCAGCCCGUGUCCAAGCAGAACGGGGCCGGCGAGGAGCAGCAGCAGGAGAACAAGCCCGGCCGAGAGGACGAGGCGCCCGACGGCGCGGUGUCCGAGCGGAAGUGCAAGGUGUGCGCCAAGACGUUCGAGACGGACGCUGCCUUAAACGCCCACAUGCGGACCCACGGCAUGGCCUUCAUUAAGUCCAAAAGAGUGAGUUCCGCCGAGAAAUAGCCACAGACCUUCCUGUAAGGCCGAUCCCUGUCCACAUUGGAAUCAAAGAGACAUUUUUGUUACAAAAAAGUUUGCAGUAUAAUAGAGUUAACAGUACUGUCUAGGCUGUUGCAAUAUAUUCUCUUCCCGCGUCCCUUCCCUGCCGCGUCGUGGAUCUCCUCCCCCUCCCCUCCUCCCCCUCCCCUCCUCCCCCUCCCCUCCUCCCCCUCCUCCCUCCUCCCUCUCCCUCCUCCCCCUCCUCCUCCUCGAGAAGUAUGAACACAGUAUUUGAGUUUCAAAGAGUUUGUAUAUAUUUAAACGAAUAACUUUUUAUACUCUUUGUUACAUGUUUGUAUCAGUAUUUAGUGGAAAAUGUUUUGAGGUUCUCUUUUCUUUAUUCGGUCUUGUUUUGUUUUGUUUUGUGGGUUUCUUUUUUGGGUUAGACUUUUUCUUUUUGUACCGUUUCUUUAAACACCGAGUUCUUAGUAACAGGGGCAGUUGCUGAAUUCGAAUAAACCAUUUUGUAUGUUACAGAUUUGAAUGGGUUAACUAAUUACAAGGCCGAAAUGAUGCCUUUUUUUAGUGUUUUUAAUUUUUAGACUUCACUACAUAAAUUGUAGGUAUCGUGGGUCUCACAAACACUAGGGACUUUUAAGUGUCUUAGCGCUACCCUCAACGUGCCUGCUCUAAGCCCGCGAGUGCACCUGUCCCGUGCGACCACGCUCCGGCAUCUGGCAUUUUCUUCCAGGCCACGCCCGCCGGUGUUUAAAGCAGCCUGCAGGUAGCUUCCUUCCCAGUGAUGGACAAAAACCGUGGGCCCGGUCUCUACAGGAAAGAGCGUGGAUUUCCUCAGUUCCAUUCUGGGACAGGGGAAGAAGGGCAUUGCCGAGGGAACACCGGGGGCCGGUGGUUUUUCUGGGCAGAUCUGCGAGGCUGGCUGAAAGAACACAGGAGACCAAGUCACAAAAGGGCUGGACUACUGUAAAAGUGACACGUAAUGUAGUUAGACCAGUAGAUUUCUAGAGUCGAGUUUUUGUCAUGUAACUUAUUAACUAUUACAAAGACACAACUCAAAAUAUCAAGUAUUUCUCUGGCUCUUGACAGGAAAAAAGAAAAAAAGAUAUCCCCGUUGACUUAACCCUUUGCUGUCUAAAGAGUUGGCGUUUCCUGUUCCGGGGUGCUACUGCCAGACAUUCUGGUACUUGGAGUUGAGAUGCACAACCUCCACCAUCGACCUAUCAAUGCAGCAAACCCGCGUGUCGUGAUUGGCCGUUCGAUCACGCGCGGAGCCGCCCAGCUUCAGUUCGGUCAUUUCAAUAAGUCUCUUAAUAUCAGCAGUUCCGUUUUACUGAUCGCACAGCAGGGGUGGGUACUCCUCUGUCCCUUCCGUUUAUAGUUCUCUGGGAGAGUUCUAUUUUUCAGUUGUCGUCGUCGUGUUUCCUUUGGCAUUUUAUAUCUUGUAUUUAUCCCUAAACAUGUUUUGUACUUUUUAUUUUUAAGAAAAAGGAAUUCCGUUUGUGUAUAUAGAGAUACUUGCAUGAUAUACUGUAGUCAACGUUCGGUUCCUCAAAAGGUCUUGCUGCUGUCCGGUGUUAUGCACUACAUCCAUCAUAACUGUAUUAAACACAUUUCAUAUGUAAAUAAACAUGGGACAUUGGCCCUGGC